AUGGACAUCACAGCUAAGCAUAUGCCGUUCACGGCCACCGAGUGCUUUUUCAACAUCGCCGAGCUCCUGGAAAUGGUCCUGAUGUACCUGCCGGUCGAAGCCAUCAUCAGCGGCAUCUUGGCCGACAAGAGGAUACACCACACUAUCGUCGGUUCUAUCCGACUCAAGCGUAGACUCGGACUCGGGAACGCCCCAGAGAUUUGGAACUACCCUGACCAUGCUUGCGUACUUAUCCAGGAGAUGCUUGAACGACAGAUUGAGCAUGUGUAUCUCCGUCUACGCUGGGACUCGCCAUGCGUCCAACAUCUGCUCUUCCACCAUCUCGAUAUUGCUAUUCAUCUGGGCUGGGAUGCGUGCCCCAGAUCGCGGCACAUUGAGGCCGUCCUCGAGGAGACCCUCCAGGGAUUGCCCAUUUACAUUGCGCUUCGGACACCUUUUCUGCCCAAAGAGAGUAACCACCAGCCUAGCAGACUCUUUCGAAAGAUCAUUGAGGAUGCCGAGCGCAAUGGUACUAGCUUGUACACUAGGCUCAGCCUCGACUUUCUAAGAAGAACUCCUGCAGAAGUCAGGACACCUAUGUACGUUCCACCAGCCUUGCGUCUACAUGAGGGCUCGCAAGCUGGAGACAUGCUCUCCGCUCCAAGGAGACGGCCCAAAAGGACAGGACUGCACCCGAGCUUUCACGACAUCUUCUCAACGUCACGCUGGCUAUGCGUCCCAGCUACAGAGGAACACCACAUCGCGUGGUCCGGGCGCUCACUACCUGGGCCCCCUCCCCGUAGACCCGCUCUAUCACUGUUCAUCACUCGACAUGAGUCCUCAGGAACCCAACGUAUCGGGCCAAUACUGAAACUGGAAGACUAUACUGGUGAACUUUGGACGCAGAUGAAUGUUACGUCGCCACCACGCAACAUUUACGUGUAUCCCGUCAUUACUGACCAGUUAGGCGCCGAACCCUUCAUGAUACCUCACAGCCGGGCCACCAUGGGCUACCUCUUGGAAACCAUCGAAGCGCGCGCCAAUCCUUCUUAUAGUUGGCGUGGUCUGUCGUGUUAUAAUAAGGAUUUUGUGGAUCGAUGGGCGCUUGAGUUGUGCCGCAUACAACGCCGAAUUAUGCGUGCGACCCGACUGACCCGACCCGUCGUGGACGAGACUGUAGUCCAAGUGACUUUGCCUACCACGCGCUAG